AGAGAGGAGAGCGCGAGACAGAGAGAGAGAGAGAGAUAGGACUUCCUCCCCGAUUCGCAAAGUGAAGUCACUUCCCAAAAUUAGCUGAAAAAAAGUUUCAUCCGGUUAACUGUCUCUUUUCGCUCCGCUACAACAACAAACGUGCACCGGGGAGCGAGGGCAGGGCGCUCGCUGGGGGCGCGCAGGGAGGGCCCAGGGCGCCGGGGAGGCCGCGCCGGGUGAAUCUGACGGGGCUGCAGAAGAGGUCAGGCAGUAACCGGGUCAAUGUGUGGAAUAUUGGGGGGUUCGGCUGCAGACUUGGCCAAAUGGACGGGACCAUUAAGGAGGCUCUGUCAGUGGUGAGCGACGACCAGUCCCUCUUCGACUCGGCGUACGGAGCAGCGGCCCAUCUCUCCAAGGCCGACAUGACCGCCUCAGGGAGUCCUGACUACGGGCAGCCCCACAAAAUCAACCCUUUGCCCACACAGCAGCAGGAGUGGAUCAGCCAGCCUGUGAGGGUCAACGUGAAGCGGGAGUAUGACCACAUGAAUGGAUCCAGGGAGUCUCCAGUGGACUGCAGUGUGAGCAAAUGCAGCAAGCUGGUAGGUGGAGGCGAGUCCAACGCCAUGAACUACAACAGCUACAUGGACGAGAAGAAUGGUCCCCCGCCUCCCAACAUGACCACCAACGAGCGGAGGGUCAUUGUCCCCGCAGACCCCACGCUAUGGACACAGGAGCAUGUGCGGCAGUGGCUAGAGUGGGCGAUAAAGGAAUACAGCUUGAUGGAGAUCGACACCUCCUUCUUCCAGAACAUGGACGGCAAGGAACUGUGCAAAAUGAACAAGGAGGACUUCCUUCGAGCCACCUCCCUCUACAACACAGAAGUGCUAUUGUCACACCUCAGUUACCUCAGGGAAAGUUCACUGUUGGCCUAUAACACGACCUCUCAUACAGAGCAAUCCUCACGGCUGAAUGUCAAAGAAGACCCUUCUUAUGACUCAGUCCGGAGAGGAGCAUGGGGCAAUAACAUGAGUUCUGGCAUGAACAAAAGCCCCCCUCUAACUGGAGCGCAAACAAUGAGCAAGAAUACUGAACAACGCCCCCAACCAGAUCCAUAUCAGAUCCUGGGCCCCACCAGCAGUCGCCUAGCCAACCCUGGAAGCGGGCAGAUCCAGCUGUGGCAGUUCCUCCUGGAGCUUCUCUCUGACAGUGCCAACGCCAGCUGCAUCACCUGGGAGGGAACCAACGGGGAGUUCAAAAUGACGGACCCCGAUGAGGUGGCCAGGCGCUGGGGGGAGCGGAAAAGCAAGCCCAACAUGAAUUAUGACAAGCUGAGCCGGGCUCUCCGCUACUACUACGACAAGAACAUUAUGACCAAAGUGCAUGGCAAAAGGUAUGCCUACAAAUUUGACUUCCACGGCAUUGCCCAGGCUCUGCAGCCGCACCCAACCGAGUCGUCCAUGUACAAGUACCCUUCUGACAUCUCCUAUAUGCCUUCCUACCAUGCGCAUCAACAGAAGGUGAACUUUGUCCCUCCUCACCCCUCCUCCAUGCCUGUCACCUCCUCCAGCUUCUUUGGAGCUGCGUCACAAUACUGGACCUCGCCGACGGGUGGCAUCUACCCCAACCCUAAUGUCCCCCGCCACCCCAAUACCCACGUGCCCUCACACUUAGGCAACUACUACUAGAGGCUUAACCGUCAGUGUCCUCUAGCUGAAGCCCCUCCCUCAUGCUUCCUGGAAUACUUUGGACUCUAAAAGGACACACGUGGCCUUGAAGAGAAAAAAAAAAAACUGAAAACUGGAUGUUCUUUCUUGUUGGAUAGAACCUUUUUGUAAUUGUUCUUUUAUAUAUAUGAAAAGUCCUUUUUUAAAAAAAAAUGUUUUAAUGUUGAUAACUUUUGCUUACUCUACCUUGAACAAAGAGAUGGAGGGUUCCAUGGGCCAGUACCCCAGUUUGGAGUCUCAAUCUCCUAUCAUCUUAGGAGUGAAAUAAAUAUUUAGAUGACUGGAAUGAUUGGAUCAUGGUUCUGGGAAAGAAACUGUAAAUUUUCUUUGUGAUUUUUAUGACCAAAGCAGUUUCUUAUCAGCACACAGGGUCUUGAUCAUGGGACCUUGUGGAGAGGGAAGGGUGGGGAGGACAGUGUGAUAAAAGUCACAGACUUAACCAGUUGUGUUCUGGUUUGAGACUUAGUGAAAAUAAAGGCAGGAAGCUGAUCAUCUAAUUUAAGCAGAACCUAAUUCAGUGGAUGGCAACUGGAACAUGAAUUGUGAGGCCAGUGAAGUUCUCACCCAACUGGAAUUUAAAAGAAAGAAACCCAUGUGAGUGUAUUAAAGAAGUCGUGGGCAUUGCAAAAACACCCCUCUCCAUGGGACGAUGCACUAGGCUGAUCAUUCUCUCUUGAAAGACUCAACCAAUGAACCAGGAAGUUCUAAUGCAAAGACAUUCCUGAAACACAGAGAAUUAAAUAACUUUUUUUUUAAAUGAUGACAGUGAGUCCCAGAUUUUGGAGGAGUCUUAGGGAUUUCUAACCACAGACAGAUUCGCAAGCGCUGUGCGCUUGUCAGACCACCAGUCCAGGGUCAACCAGUCAGAAGGCAACUUACUGUAUAAAUUAUGCAGAGUUAUUUUCCUAUAUCGCACAGUAUGAAAAGUAAAUAGUUAAAAAAAAAAAAAGACUAAAGAAACGAGUUGACCUCGGUCACAAAGACAGUUUUACUAGCAGAUCCGCUGUUGUUAUUUUUUUAAGUGUGAUUUGUACAUCUUUUGUCAAUCUGUACAUGUGGGCUGUUUGUACGUUUUUAUAGCUGGGUUGUUUUUUUUUAAAUAAAAGGAUAUGGGACAUCCAAGUCUCUGACUUGCUAGAAUAAAAAGAAGCACUCGUGCAGUUAUUUAACAGGCGUGCCCAAACAAAGAAAGGCAACCCGUUGAAAUCUUUAAUGCUUUUGGAGGUGUUUGUAAAUAACCAGACUGCAAUUAUCACAGCUUUUGACCAGAACAACCAAACUUUCCCUGGUGGGUACAGGGAUUUUCCUGCCCUAUAUAUGCAAUAUAUUUUUAGAUAUUAAAAUAUAUAUAAUUUUGCAGGUAAUCAUUGACUUAAAAAAAAACUAUAUUGUGUUAAGCUGACAACUGUCCAUGAAGACUAUGUUGUAAAAUAAUUUGACUAAAUAAAUUGUGCCUUCUCUCAAA